AUGAAGAAAUACAUUGUGAUUGCGCAUAUCAUUUUUCACCUCGCACACGCACACGCGCGACAGAAAUUCAAACGAUUCAAAUUGUUGUGCGGUACGAGUCGCCAUGGAGAUCAGCGAGCAUCGGCUGCUACUGUGCUGCAUUCAUUGUUGUAUAUUAAAUUUCUUACCUCGCGAGACGCAUUCGCUCGAGCGACUCGACCCAAUCAGCGAAUUAAACUUGCACAAAAAAAUAAAUUCGAUAAAAUGCGUUUCAAGAUACUGCAAAAGGGCCCCAAGUGCCACACGAAGAUGGUCACCUGCGUCGUGUGGAACGCGUCGGACGAAAUAUUUUCUUGCGGCGACGAUCACCAGCUGGUCUCCUGGAAAUUCGACGGCGGCAUGCUCGCCUCGAGAGUCGUGGCCGAGCUGCCCGACGAUUUUUAUCCCACGGACAUGCAGUGCCACUCGCGUCCCGUGCAGCCGGGCUCGGGCGCGCUGAAAAAGCUCUCGCAGGACGUCCUACUCAUCACCACCGACGACGGAAGAUAUCACUUGGUGAGUAAAACGGGCAAAAUCGAGAAAUCCGUGUCGGCUCACGCGGGGGCGACGAUUUGCGGCAAAUGGAGCUACGACGGCACGGCUCUGCUAACUGCCGGUGAAGACGGUUUGCUGAAGGUAUGGUCGCGCAGCGGCAUGUUACGCUCGACGGUGGUGAGAGGCAACCAGCCGGUGCUGGCCGCCGCUUGGAGCCCCGACAAUUCCAUGAUUCUGUACGCCCAGGGCCCGUUUCUGCUCAUCCAAUCUUUGACGUCGACUUCGAAGCCUUUAAAAUGGCAGGGACACGACGGCCUGAUAAUCGCCGUGAGCUGGAAUCAAUUUCACGGUCUCAUCGUCUCGGGCGGCGAGGACUGCCGCUACAAGCUCUGGGACCCGAGCGGAAAUCUUCUUUACACCAGCAUGGGCGGCGAUCACCCGGUGACCUCGGUCAGCUGGUGCUUCUCCGGCAGUCACUUCGCCGUCGGCUCGUUCAACACGUUGAAGCUCUGCGACAAAGUUGGCUGGUCGCAUUCGACGGAAAAACUUCAAGCCGGCAGCAUUUACAGUAUCGCCUGGUCGAACGACGGCACUCAGGUGGUAUUGGCCUGCAGCAACGGCAGUAUCCUCGUCGCUCACACGAUCCAGAAAAAGCUCGAGUACAAGAAUUACGAGGCCACCCUGAUCAAGCGCAAAGCCAUCAGAAUCCAGGAGCUGGGCACGGACAUCGACGAGACGCUGGACAUCGGCGACCGGGUCGUGCAGAUGGAGUUCGGCUUCGAGCAUCUGGUCGCCGUCACCCCCAGCCAGUGCCACGUCUACUCCGUCAAGAACUGGAACACGCCGAUCAUAUUCGAGCUGAAGAACGGCUCGGUCUCGGCCGUCGUGCUGUCCAAUAAGCACUUUUUGCUGAUCGAGUGGAGCGCGAUCACCCUGUACAAUUAUCAGGGCAGACAGGUCGGCGUGCCCAAGUGGAAGGGCCAAACGAUGGAGCCUCUGUACGCGCCCAGCGUCUCGGUCUGCUCGGACACGAUCGUCGUUCGCGACCAGAGCAAUUACAAACUACUGCACGUGCUCGAGAUAACGCCGAAGAAGCCGAUAACGGAGGGCCAGCCCUACACUCACGGCCAGGAAGUAUUGGCGCUGGCGCUGAACUACGUGGGCGAGGUGGCCGAUCGUCAGCUGGCCUUGAUCGACGCCAAUCGAGAUCUGUUUCUCAUCUCGAUCCGAGCCACGGGCUUCGGUCGAGUUUGUAAAAUCGCCGUGAUGGCCCAGAACAUAGCCUGGGCGACGGACGCCAACGUGCUCGCGGGCAUGCUCGACUCCACCCUAUCGGUCUGGCUCUGCCCGAGCUGCGUGCACUACAGCGAUCGCAAGAUCAUACGCAAGACUCGGCUGGAUCGCGACAACGCCGAGUACGGCAAGCACGCGACCAUCGUGGGGGCCCAGCAGGGCCAGGUGAGGGUGCGCCGGGGCGACGGCGCCCUCGUCUCGGGCUCGUUCUAUCGGUUCUUCGGCCAGCUGCAUGGCCACGUGCUCCGCGGCAAAUGGGAGGAGGCCAUCUCGCUGUGUCGCCUCGUCCAGGACAACGAGACCCUGUGGACGUGCAUGGCCGUGAUGGCCAUCGACGGCAAGCAGCUGAGCAUCGCCGAGGAGGCCUGCGCCGCUAUCUCGCGCUACGACAAGGUCGACUACAUACGCUACAUCAAGGCGAUACCCGGCGAGAUGGAGCGACUGGCGGAGAUGGCCCUGUUGGCCGGGGAUCUGCUCGCGGCCGAGGGUAUACUGCUGCAGAACGGAUUGGUGCCCGAGGCCAUCAGGAUCAACGUGGAGAUGUACAACUGGGGCAGAGCUCUGAAGCUGGCCAUAAAGCACAAGAAGCUGCUGUCGGAGGUGCUCGAGGCGAGGAAGCGUUACCUCGAGGCGCUGGACAAGAAGGAGGUCAAUCAGAGCUUUCUGGCUGUGCAAGCCAACAUAGCCAAGGCCCACGCGGCCAAGAGAGAGGCUAGAGAGAAGGAAAAGCUCGAGCGCGAGAAGGCCAAGGGCGGCGGCGGCGACGGCGACAAAGCCGAGACCAAUCCGCCGCCGGCCGAGAGAAGCUCCAGACGGGAGAAGAGCUCGAGGGAGGAAAAAAUCAUCGACAGCGAGAGAGCCGCUGUUAGCAAGGAGGAGAGGGUCAGCAGCGGCGAGAAAACCGACAACAAGUCGGAAAAGGAGAGAACGACGAAGAAGGAGAGAGCAGCGCGAGACAAGAAAGGUGAAGCGAGCAAGAAGCCAACGAACAAUCAUCACGACGCAGAGCCGACCAGACGCAAAUCCGUCACACCCGAAGAUUGAGAGAAAGGGAGAGAAAUUAUACAAAAGUCAUGUGUGUUUGUGUGUGUAUAUAAAAAUUUAUAUAUAUAGAACAUAUAUACAGUUACAAGUUGUAAUAUGUACAAGUAAGAGACGCAAAUGUAAAUAAUACACUAUUAGUCGAACGAUA